AUGUCUUCAUUGAGAGUUUUAACUUUGGGUAACAACCCAAAUAUCCCACUGUAUACUUCCAGAUUCCAAGCAGCAAAAAGUGUUGAACUAUUCCACGUAAGUGAUUCCGAAUCAAAUGUUUUCCAAUUGGAAACCUUCCGUAAUGGAACUGAACAAUUUGAAGUGGCUAAUCAUUUUACCUCUUUGGAUUCUCUUGCCUCCAGCUUAGAAGGCCAAGAAAACUGCUUCUUCGAUUUGGUCAUUUUGAGCGCCUCUUCAUUGCAAGAACUAUCAUCUGUCGUAUCCAAAUUAGGUCCCUUAAUAAAUACCAACACCAAGAUGUUUUUAGAAAGUAGUGGGUUUGUUCAAUUGGAACCAUUCGUUAAGAUGUCUAUGGAUUCAUCCCAAUUGAGUGUCUUCAGUAUCAUUUCCGACUUUGAUAUUCGUGAAAUUGCUCCAAAUAGAUUCAAACAAUUCCCAACGAAUAACUCAUCUGUUAAUGGUGCUACCAUUUAUCUGGGAGAUAGCAGUGCCAGUAAGAUUCAACAACAGCAAUCCGGCUUUUCUCAUAAAUAUCCGAAAAACAUUUGUGGUCUUUUAGACACUUUCAAGAGAUUAUUCCAAAAAUUAUUCCCUAAGGAAACUAUUGACUUGUGUAAUUACUCAUCUUUAGAGUUCCUAUCUCAGCAAUGGACCUUUGCCAUUCCUCACAUAUGUUUUGAUCCAUUAUUAAUAAUGCUAGAAGAAACUGAUCCAAAUAAUUUACACAAUCAAAUUCUUGCCAAACCAUUAAUAUCAGGUCUAGUCACUGAAACGGUUACUGUGGCCAAGAAUAUGGGUGUCAAAUUACAAAAUAAUUUGGAUAAUGAGAAUAGUUUGUUACAAUACUGGCAAAACCAAUACCAAUCUGACGAUGAAACACCUGCAUUAGUGUACCAUUUCCUUCAUAAGACAGCACCAUUGAAUAUUGACUUGGUUGUCUUGCAAAUUAUCUUACUGGCUGAUGAUUUCAGUAUCAAGACACCAUAUUUAGAAUUUUUAUAUUCUUUAUUAUGUCAAUAUCAGAAAUUGAAUGAUGGAACAUCUAAAUGGUUUAUGAGGAAACAAGAUACUUCCAAAUCAGAUUCCAAGUUAAUUUCAUUGGAAAAUGAAAAUUCCAGAUUGAUGGAUACGCUCCAUGAAAAGGAGGAAAUUGUGAAGAGUUUACAGAACAAGGAAUAUAAUUACAAGGGAACUAUCGAAAAUUCACAAAAUCAAUUGACAAAUCUCAAUGAGCAAUUAAGCACGAAUGAUAGACAACAUCAAGAAGAGGUUCGUAGAUUGGAAGCUAAAUUGCAAAACACAUCCCUAAACGUGUCAAAUAACUCUCCAAGCAGACAAAUGCAAACAGCAUCUUCAGCAGUGCAACAAUUGAAGCAAGAUGAAUAUAAAGUUACCGGAACACCAAAUCUCAAAGACCUAGAGGAUUUUGCCGUUCAUAAUGUCAAUUAUGGUGAAUCACCAUCUCACCAACAACAAUUACAACCUCCCCAUUCUCAAUCCCAAUCACAAUCCUCUCUUGCAGGACAAACAUCAUCGCACAGAUCCGGCUCUUCAGAUACCAGUUUUGAUAACGAUACAACGUUGAAGGAACGUGAGUUAGAAUUACGGAAGAAGGAGUUAGAAUUACAAGAACGUGAAUUAGAAAUGCAAAAAAGAGCCAUGCAACAACAACAAUUUCAACAACAGGCAAGGUAUUCAAAGAUGCCUAAUGGUGCAAUGAAUCAAUCAUUGCCACCAUUGCAGCAACAACCUCCACCACAAAUGAUGAACUCAAAUAAUAGGAAAUCAUCAUAUCCACAAUUACAACAACCUUCCAAUAUACGUACUAAUAGAUCAAUGCAUGGUAUCCCUGCAUCUGCGGGCAAUUUUGUCGAUCCCAUUUCUUCAGGUGGUAGAUCUCAUAGCAACAAUAAUAUAGCUGGCUAUGGUCAACAACAAAUGCCCUUACAAAAUCCAACAAUAACGCAACAACAACAUGGACAUUCCAUCAAACCAACAAGCAGGAAGAAUAGAAAUAGUAAUAUGCCUAACCUUGGUUAUGCAUCCAGUAUGGGGUUCAAUAAUUUUGUGAGACCAUCCACGAAUGGUAACUCGAGCCAAAGUCGUUUAAAUUCCAUGUCAAGCUUCAACCCUGGCCCUCAAUACCAAAAUAAUAACCCUAGGGGCAUGCCACCUCAACAAAUGGUUAAUUCGUCAUCGAGAAUGAGUAUGCCUCUGUCUACUAAGCCAAGCAAUUUCAGUAUGAAUGCUAACAAGCAACAACAGAUGGAUACACAAAGACAAUUUAGUUCAAGUACUACCAUAGACCACAGUGAAAGUAAUCCAAAUAUGUCAACGAACUCUGUUCUGCAUAAUAACAUGCAAUACCAGAAUGAGUACCAAAACGGGAACGGGAAUCAAAACCAAAUGAAUGUGAAUACUAAUACUAAUAACAAUAAUGGGAACGGACCUUCAACACCAGAAAUCCAACAACAUCCACAAGUGCCUCAAAUUACUGUAUUUGGCUCAUCACCUGCGCCAACCACUUCCACUCAAGGUACAUACGAAACUACGGAUGGAGACGAUUCCAAUGCCACAGAGGAGAAAAAGGGCGGUAAGAAGAAAAAGAGAUUUGGUUUAUUUAAGAAAAAGAAUAAGAAAUGA